GACAAUCGACGACGACGACGCAUUUGCACACCUUGCAUAACGACAACAACUGUCUCGCAAGCGCUCCCGGAGCGCAACGGUGGUGGUGGUGGCGCACGGAAACGGAUUAAGGCACCAGCUCACGGUAGCGGAUUCGAUAAAAUCGAUGGCUUUAGAUUUGCUUGGUCGUCAGAAAAUGCCCCUCGAUGGUGCCUCGUCGAAGCAGCCCGCGAUUGCCACUUCCACGGUCAGUGGAGGAGCGACAGGGGUUAGUACCACUACGGGUGGCAGUGGUUCGGUCGGGAGUGCUGGUGUUGGCACAGGAGGAAAUACUCCGGGAUCGGGUGUGGCCGGUGCAACGGGUGGUGUUGGUGGUGGUGCCAGUGGUGCGUCCGUCAUGGGCAAACAACUGACCGCGAAACGUUCGCUGAAGCUGGGCAGUUUGGCCGAAGACAUCAUGCCAGGCACGCUGGGAGGUGGCGAAGAACCGUUCCGUGCCCGGCUGCAUCAUUUGUUUUCGCAGAUCGAGAAAGAGUUCGAAUUACUGCAUGUGGAAAACAUGAGCUUGCGUGAAAAGUUGGAAGCUGUUGCUGGAACGCCACGUGAUUCUACCGUCGGCGAAAGGCUUCCACUGCAGGACGCAUUCGAGGUGGACGGGUCGGUAAACAAGAGCUUCAAAUCAAAGCUUGGUAGUGCUGGCAGCAAAGUGAAGGCCGGCCACAAACUGCGCGCUCAGACGAGUCGCAUCGUGUCCAGUUUCAAGGCCCAAUCGGUCGUCAGUUCGCUGGUGCGCGAAUUUUGUGGCCACAAGGACGGUGUUUGGCAGGUUAGCACGAAAGCUGGUCAGCCCAUCAUCGGUACCGCAUCGGCAGAUCACAGUGCGUGCAUUUGGGGUAUCGACACCGGUCGCUGUCUGCUACAGUACCAGGGCCACAGCGGAUCGGUCAACUCGAUUAAGUUUCAUCCGACCCGUGACAUUGUGCUGACGGGUAGUGGGGAUGCCACCGCACAAAUAUGGCAGGCUGCCGUCAACUGGGAAGUACCCGCACGGAAGGGCCACUCGUCGGAGGAAGAGCUGGAAGAGGAGGAGGAAGGACCGUACGAGGAGAAGGAAAGGAUCGAUGUGUUGCGGACACCGUUGUGCGAGUUUUCUGGCCCUGGAGGACACACGGCAGUGGUGGUUGCGGCUGAUUGGCUACCGGGCGGUGAUCAGGUCAUAACGGCCAGCUGGGAUAGGACGGCGAUUCUUUGGGACGUGGAAACCCGAGAACCGCUGCAUCCACUGUGCGGUCACGAUCACGAGCUGACGCACGCAUCAGCCCAUCCGAGUCAGCGGCUCGUGGUGACGGCUUCACGCGAUUCUACCUUCCGGCUGUGGGAUUUCCGUGAUCCCAUUCCGGCGGUUUCAGUUUUCCAAGGACACACUGAAAACGUCACCUCAACAGUAUUCACACGCGACGAUAAGGUAGUGUCCGGAUCGGACGAUCGGUCGGUGAAGGUGUGGGAGCUGCGCAAUAUGCGAUCCGCGCUAACCACCAUCCGCACGGAUUCGGCCGUCAAUCGGUUGGCCGUGUCGGCCAGUGGAGUGAUCGCCAUCCCGCACGAUAACCGCCAUAUUCGAUUGUUCGAUCUGAACGGACAGCGCAUUGCCCGGUUACCGCGUACUAGCCGCCAGGGCCAUCGGCGCAUGGUGUCGGCCGUCGCCUGGACCGAGGAUAUCAGCUCGAACUGUAAUCUCUUCUCGAGUGGGUUCGAUCGGCGCGUGCUAGGUUGGGGCGUUUGCCUGCCACCCAAAGAUAAUUGAGCAAA